CAGCGACGGAGAAUCAGCUGAUUCUGUCACAUGACCUGCGUUAGCAUGCAGCUAGCCCCCUAGCAUAACAGCGGAGAGCACGGAGUGUAAAUAACUCUCAGUUUCAGGAAAAACAGCGCGAAGAAAUGAGUGAAGGAAGCUCCAGUUUCCUACUCGUCUGUUUGGAAGUGAAGGCGUCUCUCUGUUUGUGAGCGUCAUGCAUCCGUUCGGCUGUGAGGCGGAGACCUCCCUCCAGGACUUGUUCGAGUACUUCAAGCGGUGCCUGCAGCACGCCGAGUGGGAGCUGGCGAGCGCCUGCGUGCCUCAGCUGGUCCACUCGGCAGGCGGACUCUCAGAAAACCUGCGAGACAUAAUCCGAGCGAUAAUCUGCCAUCCCUACAGUCUACAAUGGCAGUCGGUGGGGAGUCCACACAGACUGGCCUGGUUUUGGCUUCAGGUUUUGGAGAAAUGGACCGAAGAGAAGGUCCCGUCAAACACCAGGAGAGAGCUGGAGUUCCUGCUGCUUCUGGAGGAGCUCGGGUCAGAAGGCGUCCCGGAGUCUGCUCUCAAGGAGUUACACCGGGCCUUUUUGGAAACCCAGUCUGAGCAAGAAGCCGCCGAUGGUUCGAGGUCGACCGAUGAUGCUGUCAAGUCCUGCCUGCAGACGUUAUUGGAGAAAAAGAAACCGAGACUCGCCCAAUCUCUGGCUCAUUUCUUACAGGACGCGUCGUGUACGGAGGAGUGCAGUCUGCAGCACACGUUCAUCUCACACCUGAUGAAGAAGCUGGGUAAGCCGGAGAGGAGGCAGGAGAAGGUGGACGAGUGGGCGGAGGAGAUCUACUCCGUGUUGUCCGUGAUGCCGUGGAGCUCGGGGCGAGGAGGGGGCCAGCUGGAGGGGCUGUGUGAGGCUCUGUGGGCAGCCAGAGACGGACCGCUGAGAGAGGAGAGGAUCCUCAGCUCGUUGCUCCGCCCACGCAGCGACGCUCUCGUCUCCGUUUACUGUUCCACCGCUUUGAGACUGCAGAGGGAUCAUCUGCUGAGGAGCGCGCCCCGAACACAAGUGGACCUUCCUGAAGCAGAGAAGUUGGCCCUCAGUUUGUGCAUCCACAAAGAUCGCCCAUCCGUCUGGAAAACCAUUUAUUUUGAGUGCCUUAGCAGCGGAAAACACUUCCUGGAGCAGGUCUUGGUCACUGCUCUGGACCUGAUGAAACACGAGGACUUCCCUCAGCUCACAGAUUUACUGCAGCGUGAGUUUCAGCCUCUGUCUCGUCUGCUGCUGCUCCUGGGAUGGACUCAGUGUCGCAGCCUGAGCUCGGCUCAGACUCUGCUCGCCGUCCUUCAUCGAGAGCAGGCUCCAGCCAGCGACGCUGUUCUGCAGGAGUUUGCAGAUCUUCUGUCCUCUCAGCUCGGAGUCCUUGAAUGGUGUAAAAACAACAACCCAGGGAUCUCCACCGAGGCGCUGCUGGCUCAGCUCUACACUCUGGACGCUCACUCGGCCCUCUACGUUCUGCACUCUCUCACUCCUCUGGCUCAGUUUGAAGAGAGAAAGAUUCUCGACCUGCUGCAGCAGCUGCCACCUUCACCGGGGACAGAGAGACUCGGUCCUCUCGGCCCCGGCGUGCAGAGGAACGUGAUUCUAUUCCAGGGCUUCUGCGCCAUGAAGUACGCCGUCUACGCUCUCUGUGUGAACGCGCACAAAUAUUCAAACUGCAGCGAGUGUGAGGCGCCGCCGCCUGCUGAAGGAGGAACGGACCAAAAUCAAACCUCUACUUCCUCAAAUGGUCAACAUCUAAUGUUUAAGCACUUCCUGUCAGAGUGUCAGCUCUACCUGGAGGCCGUACCUGCCGUGUUCCGCCUGGAGCUCCUGGAGAACAUCUUCUCUCUCCUCUUUCUGUCCACGGCCGACUUUGUCCAAAAAGAAAACACAAACUCCAAUCAGAGCGCUCAGUCAGAGGGUUCAUCAGGUUCAAGAAACACAAACGUGGAGUCAGAGAUGAAAUCACAGAAGCUGCGUUCAGCAGCAGCAGCUUCCUGUAUUCACCUGGAGCUGGGACACUUUGUCCAGGGCUGCCGGGGCUUUGUGGUCGACGUGACGGCCAUGGAGGGAUUUCUGAAGCUGCUGAAAGAAGGGCUGGAAGGCAUGUGUGUGGUGGGUCAGCAGGACGGACAGGAGGGGGGGCGAGCUCUGCCCCGGGAGGCCGAGGCGGCCGAGAGCCUCGGCUGCUCGGUGACGGCGGCGACGUUCGGCACUCGUCUGCAGAGGUUGUCCAAACGCACCGCGGAGGCGCAGUGGAGGCUGCAGAUCAUCACCAGCAACCAGGGCAGCGGUCCAGAAAGUCCUCUCCAGGUGUCAUCAGUCAGCUGUACCAACACGUCUGUGGGACGCAGCAAGAGCUCGAGCCUGAGGAGAAGGAAGAGAGCCGGGAGACACUCCAUAGAGAGACAAACGUCCACAGAGAGACACCAUGGAGAAGUGAGCACCAGCACUUCAGACGGUGGUGGAGGGACGGCAGCAGGGGGGGGUGUGGAGUGGGAGGUUUGUCCAUGCGGCGGUCCACACAGCUGGCUCGUCCCCGCCAUGUUGUCUCCUCCUGAGUCUCUGCUGAUGUCCUGCAUCCGCAGAGGAAACUUCAUGGAGGCACAUCAGGUGUCUCUGGUGUUUGAUCUGGAGGCGUCGGCUUGUUGUGGCGAGCUGGUGUUCAUGGAGCGCUACAAAGAGGUCCUGGUGGAGUUGGGGCGGGUGGAGCAGAAGAUGGAGAGCCGCUCCAUGUCUUCAUCCUCGUCGUCCUCGGAGGGUUUGGGGACGUCGGCCGUGUCGGUCCCGGGGAGGAGUCGGCUUGGCAGCAGCGGGAGAUCGACCCUGCAGGCCAUCGGAAGUGCAGCUGCUGCAGGUGUCGCUUUCUACUCCAUCUCAGACAUAGCAGACCGUCUCCUCAGCACCCCUGCUCACCCGAUGCCCUCGCUGGAGGAGGGAUACUGGCUGAGCCGCUGCGCCUCCGACCCCUCUGGGCUCCUUUACACGCUGCUGGAGGAGCUCAGCCCUGCAGCCAUGGCCGCCUUCGACCUGGCCUGCUGCCACUGUCAGCUCUGGAAGACGUCCCGUCAGCUGCUGGACACAGCAGAGCGCCGGCUCAACAGCAGCCUGGAGGCGAGAGGAGUCAGAGUGGACCCUAAGGUCCCGCAUGCUGAGGGGAUCUGUGGAUUUCCCAUGGUGUUACAACAGAUCAACAAGAUCCUGAAUCAUUCUGCCACCAAUAAGACUUCUGUGAAAACAGACGCUGUCGGGGAAGACCAAGUGUUCUCCAGCCCGUUUGGUUGCUGCAUUCAGGACGUCCUCUUGUGUUGCCUUCCAGCUCUGAGUGAAGAGUGCAUCGCUGCUCGGCUCGGUCUGGCUCAGCGUUUAGAGACCACCCUGAACAUCCUGAGCUCUGCUACAGACGGCGCAGAGGGCAGAGUGGGCAGCGCUCUCCUGGCUCUGCUGGGUGAACAGGCCGGUCUGAAGCAGGCCGAGCUGGACGCUCACCCUGUGCGCUCCAGCAUGAAGCAGCUGCUCCGUUCUCUGGACCAGCUCUGCCCCUUCGAGCCCGAUGGAGAACUCGCCCGGCCAGAUUACGUGCGCAGUUUCCUCGACUACGUCAACACGCUGGCGUCUGUGCUGGUGCGAAGUCUCGGCUCAGAAGACCAGAGCAGUGAAGUGAAGCUCGGGAAUCCUCUGCUGGUGUUGCUCCAGUCCCCGUUUCAGCUUCUUUCCCACCUGCUGUUUGACAGACAGGUGUCUCCUGACAGGGUGCUGUCUCUGCUGCAGCUGGAAGGUCUGCGUCUGAGCGUCCAGCAGGUGAUCGUCCAGCGAUGCUGCGAGACUCUCCCCGUGUGGAUCUCCUGUUUCGGCGAGGAAAGAGACUCCGCUCAGAGCAGAAACGACGACAGCAUGUUCGGUGUGGCCAGUUUGUCCGUCCUGCUCCAGCAGCACGCUCAGGAGCACAUGUCCACUCUGGGAAUGGCAGAGCCUCACUCUGACGCGAGCUCGGACUCUGAAGCCUCAGCAGAGGACCUCUCGUCUUUACUCCCGAGCCUCUCCACCUCACCCAGCAACCUCUCCACCUCGCCGCCGUCUCAGUCAUCGUCCUCCUCCUCAUCUCUGUCCUCCUCAAACUCGUUUCUCCUCACGCCCUCGGCCCUGUCUUUCCUCAAGUCUCGCUCCCCCUUACUGGCCACUCUGGCCUGUCUGAGCGCCUGCAAAGGAGAAGCAGCCCGCUCACAGCCCUCGGGAUGGUCGGGUUAUUUCCGUAGCGGCCGUAAAGAGGCGGUCCUCGAUGGAGAGCAGAUUUCUCGAGAAGCCGAUAACCUCCUGAAGGACUUCCCUAUUCUCCGGGCUUACCUUCACACCAUGGCUGAACCCGUGCUGGGCUCCAUAUUUGGCGGGGGCGAGGAAGGACUCGGGGCAGUUGUGUGUGGGAAACCCCUCGUCAGUCUGCUGCUCUCUGGGCCUCAAGCUGACGUCGCCCAGGCUGUAGCUACGGAGGCUUUCCAGAAAGCUCUGACCUCCAGAGACCUGUGCAGAGCCCUCAGUCUGCUGGAGCUGUACGGGCUGGGCUGCAGCCAGGAGGGGGCGCUAAGAGACCGCCUGCUCGCCUGUGCUGCUCUAGAAGACGGGGAUGACGGUAUAGGUCAGCUGUUCCGUGUGCAGGACGCUAACCUGCGCGGCCGUGUUGCCCUGCAGGCUCUGGAGCGCUGGCCUCUGUCAGCCUGUCUGGAGCUGCUCGAGUUCUGCCUCAAUGAUCCGAACACAGAGAGCUCGCUGAGGACCGACCUGCAACUCAAGAAGAAAGAGCUGGACAUCUAUCACUGGAUGUUGAAUCUGCAGCCUCGUCUUCCCUGGGCGACUUGGCAGGAGCUGAGGACCGAGUCCAAGACCAACUCUGAGUCCUUGUUGUCGAUGAUGGUGGAGGCAAAAGAGUUUGAUCUUUGUGCACAGUGGGUCGAGCUCUAUCCUGUUUCUGACCAGCUGAGGCUGCAGUUGCAGACGGAGCAUUUGCUUCACCUGCUGGAGAAGGGUCAGACGGACGAGGCUUUCCAGUUACUGGAGGGCAUUUCAGAUUUUGUGGUCGGCCUGGACGUGUGUGAGCGCGCUCUGGACCGCCGCCCCGGAUUGGCUGCCUGUCACUUCCUGGCUGAUUACCUCACUCUUCAUUUCCAGAGACAGGUGUCUCCGGCACGACGACGACACAUCCACGCUCUCCAUCUGGGCUCCAAGGUGUUGCUGACUCUGCCUCCGGCCGCCCGCCAGGACUACUUCAACCUGCUGUCGGAGCCGCUGCUGAUGCUCGAGCAGCUGUUGAUGAACUUGAAGGUGGACUGGGCUGACGUGGCGGUGCGAACCCUGCGGAGCCUCCUGAUUGGUCAGGAGGCUGGCUUUGGGGCUGAGGAUAUUGACAAGCUGCUGUCAGAUUACGCCGGCAAGGCCCUCGACUUCUCCUGCGCGCCCAGACGGAGGUCGCUCUCCGACUCUUUAAUCAGCCUGCAGGACGCCGCGCUGCAGUGUCCUGCUCAAGAUAACUCCAUGUCAUACAGUCAGAUCGAAUCUCCAACAGCGUCCACAGGCAGCACCCCUUCACACAACAGCUCAGACAGGGAGAGGGAUCGGAUCUCAGCGGGGAGGAAACGCCGCUCGCCUGCCAAGUUCCAGCCACCGGAACAACCCCCCGCCCGCAAAGACUGGGUCCCUGACACCAAGCGGGACGUGUGCAUGGUCUGCAAGCGGGAGAGGUUCACCAUGUUCAACAGACGACAUCACUGCCGGAGAUGUGGCCGUCUGGUUUGUCACGCGUGUUCGGAGCAUCAGAUGCCCGUGGAGGGCUGCCCGGGAGAAGAAGUCCGAGUCUGUGACCAGUGCUACGCCUACUUCCACCCAGAUUCUGAUGAUGAGCUGGAGCCGGCUGAAGUAGCCGGGAGCCCUGUGGUAACGGAGGAUUUCCUCGAUGGGAUGCUGCAUCUGCCUGAAGUGGUUCAACAACAGAUCCAACUGAGCACCAACUCUGCAGAGAACCAGCUGCUGCGGAGCGAGUUCUACUACGAGCAGGCUCCCAGUGCGUACCUCUGCGUGGCCGUCUUGUCUCUGCACAGCGAUCAGACGGCGUGCGGUCACCAGCUCAUCGGCCACUGCCGCGCUCUGUCUCGCAAGCUGACCAAUCCCGAGGUGGACGCCUGCCUCCUCAACGACAUAAUGCGGCAGCUGCUGUUCAGCGCCAAGCUGAUGUUUGUGAAGGUCGGCCGCAGCCAGGACCUCGCCUUGUGUGACAGUUACAUCAGCAAAGUAGACGUGCUUAAAAUCCUGGUUACGGCCAAUUACAAAUAUAUCCCCUCUCUGGACGACAUUCUGGAGACUUCUGCCGUCACUCGUCUGAGGAACCAGCUGCUGGAGGCGGAGCACUACCAGCUCGCUGUGGAGGUGUCUACAAAGAGCGGUCUGGACCCCGGGGCCGUCUGGCAGGCGUGGGGGAUGGCGUCUCUAAAAGCUGGAAACCUCUCGGGUGCGAGGGAGAAGUUGGCUCGCUGCCUCAAAGCUCCAGUGGACCGAAACCAGCUCAACCUGGGUCCUCUACUGCUGCAGGAGGUCGUCCAGCACCUGGAGAACAACGUGCAUCCCACGCUUGCCACGCCUUUCGGUGAGGACAUCUUGGCGUCCUUGUGGGAGCUUGAGGACGCUCUGUGCGACGGUCCUCUGGAUCGAGCGGAGACUCCGACGCAGAGCGCAUUCCUCCAGCAGGAGUGUCUGUACUACCUGAACACGUACGGCACUCACCUCGCCCUGAUCAGCUUCUACAUGCGCAGAGACUGCAUGACGGAGGCGCUGACGUACCUGCUCAACAAGGACUGUCCAGACGAGGUGUUCCUGGAGGGGGUUCUGCAGCCCAGUCUGCAGCGGGGAAACCUCGGCAUGCUGCAGGGGAUCCUGGAAAAACUCGACCCCAGCCUGGAAACAUGCAGCCGCUACCUCAUCGCCUCCUGCCAGUUCCUGCAGCGACGGGGAUACUACAACACGCUCUACCAGAUCCAGCAGUUCAUGAUGGAUCAUGUGCGUGCGGCCAUGACUUGUAUCCGGUUCUUCACGCAUGGAGCCAGCUCGUACCUCCAGCUGGGAGAGCAGCAGCGCUGGUUGGUCAGAGCCAAAGAGCACCUGAGGACGUACCUGCAGGAGCAGCAGGGUCGGGGAGCCGGGAGGAGGAGGUCUCUGGUCAACUCAUUCAGGAAGAUGAUGUCAUCCAGUGACGUGUCCAGGCACAUGAACACGAUCGAGCUCCAGCUGGAGGUGACUCGUUUCCUCCAACGCUGCGAGACCGCCGGCUCCUCCAAGGCGCCACAGAGCAGCACGCCAUCCUCCAAGUCCCCCGGGUCCAGCUCCCCGCCCACACUGUUUGGAGGAAGUCCUGUUAAAGUCGAGGUCGCUUGCAAGGUGAUGCUUGGAGGAAAAAACAUCGAAGAGGGUUUUGGCAUCGCGUACAGAGUCAUACAGGACUUCCAGCUGGAGGCCCAGGCGGUGUACGUGCGAGCCGGUCAGAGGCUCGUGCGUCAGAGGCAGUACGGAGCCGUGCGGCAGCUGCUUAAAUGUGUCGGGGAAUCUGGAACGGCGACGAAAAACGACUGCGACGCCCUCAUCCUCAGCUGUGUCUCUGUGGCGGAUAAAACACCCGCUGAUGCGAAGGAGCUGGAGAGUCUGAUUCUGGAGGCCAAGAGCACGGAGAGCAAGAUCAAAGCCUACCUGCUGUGCAGCAAACUGCGACCUGCAUACCUGCUGGCGGUGAAGCUAGAGGCAAGCCGGGCGGGCCCGCUGGUCCAGGACGUCCUGCAGGCGGCAGAGGGAGUGCAGGACUCUGUGAUGCAGAACAUCUGUCACCAGUGGCUCUCUGAACACCACAACAAGUCGCCUCAGCAGCGGCAGGGCCGAUCAAACGCCAGGUAACGGGGACAGUCAGCCGGCUUAACGAGAGAUCAGACGAGAUGAGCUGGAGUGAGAGGAUCAGGAGGAGCCGGGGGUUCUGAUGCAACACGGCGAGGUGGUGAUGUUUGAAACAGAGGAGCAGCUGCUGCACGUAAACACACAGCUGCUGAUUGUGUUUGUGUUUCAGUGGACGCUUCUGGAAACCCUGAUGGUCUCUCUCUCUUUGUGUUUGUGCGGCCUUCGUGUAAAACUGAUGAAUCACCGCCGUGCUUUAUUUCCACUCUGUUAUCUCUCAUCUGUUCAGUGUGUGAGAGGGAACAGUGUCAC